AUGUUUCUUUUGCAUAAAACCUCUUCAACUCUGCCAAUUUCCCAACUAAAUUUUUCGACCACCUUACGUCAUAUUGGGGUAAGAAACUAUGUAUCAGCCCUAAGGAAAGCUCCUCGAAAAAUAGGGCUGGGGUCAUUAAGCGACAAUCCCAAAGCUACGCGACAGCGUCGCCGUGUAGGUCGAGGUCCUGCGUCUGGUAAAGGCAAAACAUGUGGCGCUGGUAUUAAGGGUCAAAAAGCUCGUAGUGGUAACACGAAACCUAGACGAGAUUUCGAAGGUGGGCAAACUCCCAUUACUAGGCUCUUCCCAAAACAGAAUGCAGAUGUCGUUAAAAAGGAAUUAACAACACUCGAACUUGAUCGUCUUCAGCAUUGGAUCGAUCGAGGUCUAAUUGACCCGAAUCAUGUCAUUACCACGAAACAACUUGCUGACACAAGAUGUGUUCGUGGGGUUAGGAAGGAUGGAAUUUUGCUUUUAGGAAGAGGAGCUCAAUAUUUUAAAACCCCCAUCACGAUAGAAAUUUCACGCGCUGCACCAUCUGCUAUAAGAGCUAUAGAACAAGUCGGCGGACAUAUUACGUGUCGUUACUACAACCGACUUGCACUUCGUGUGGUUCUUCAUCCGGAAAAGUUUUGGAGGAUACCAAAAUUUGCAUAUCCUGUUAGACAAAAGGAUAUUGACUAUUAUACUGAUCCAAGUAACAGAGGAUAUCUUGCUGAUCCAAAAGAACUAGAACGAUUGAGACAAAAAAAUAUAAAUAUUGGAAUUGCAAGGUUCAAUAAAACUAAACAUCAAGAGAAUAAUAAUACGCCAACGCGCAAUCCUAAAUAUGAACUAUUAUAA